GCGCGAACAUGAACAUCCGUCGGUUACCCGGUUUCAUGUACCACUAUAAAUUCGUAACGGUCCUCCUGAUGUCUAGCUUGUUUCUCGUUGUCUACCUGCUUCUACAUUGGGGCAUAAUGUGCACAAAUCUCGAGGCCUGGCGUCACGUGUCUACUGUGUGCAACCAGCACCGAGACGGUACAGCGAUGGGAAUUCUCUGCGAACCAUUGUGUACAGAAAAAGGGAUAAAUUCGCUAGCAUGUGAGACACUCCAUGCGGGCAAAGAAGCUGUUUUCUCCGCGCAUUGGGAAGCAACACGACUUGUAUUCAAGGCUUCGAGAACUAAAAUCCCCUCGGAGCAAUUCGAAUCGCUCUAUUGGGUGGAUGCAACCGGAUUGCAACAUUUCCCAUCUGAGGAAGAUUUUAUCAUCAUGAUCAAAGAUUUAACUAUCAAUAAACUCAACGUAACUCUCACGCGACAUCAGCUAGAAAGACUCGCCCGGUUGCGCACCCAUCGAGUCGAGACCGAUGCCACGAGACGUCGACUGGAGAUGGAGAAUCUUUGGCCGUUGCUGCAAGAGAAUGAAUAUUUAAUGGCGAUUUUGUAUGAAGACAGGGAUGUAUUUCCGCAACCGAUCGGCACGUGUGGCACAUUCUACGCGGUCGAGUACGUCCGACCAAUUGAAACACCCACGACGGUGUUAGCGUUGUCCGAUUCGAAACCCGAAUGGGCCAAAAGGUUAAAACUCGCUGUGAUGAUCCUUAAUCUACUCGAAGAGUUGGAGACGAAUUUUCCCGAGCCACUUUAUCUCUGUGAUGUGAAAAUUAAUCAUUUCGGUUUACCCCUGGGCGGGCAAAAACUGAAAUUCUUAGAUCUGGACGCAGUCUUCCCUAAAACCAUUAUCGAUCGUAUUAUUAGUGACGGUAAGAGCUGCGAAAAACAUGAGGACUGUGAUUAUUUCGAUUGCCGGUCUAUCUGCUCGAAGAAGAAACGCUGCGAAUCUCCCGUUCUUAAUAAUAAUUUACAGAUUAUUUGUGAGAAGAUUUUUCUCGGUUGGACGCUCUCAGGAACGAUAAUUAUUCCUGGAUUGCUCAUGUCGGAACAUACUACUAGCACAUUGGCAGUGUUAUUGAGACAAUGCGCUAAUCCAGACGGCGACACGACACAUUUACCACGUGCGGCAGCGCCAGACAACUUACAGAAACGACUUUACAACAUGCUAAGCGAGAUGGAACAAGAAUACUCGGCAUUUACGUGAAAACAAAAUAAUAUCGAUAAAAAAAUAAUUUAUCUAGAAUUACGAAAUCAAGAAUCGUCUUUUCGAUGCUAAAAACUAUAAAUUUAUAGUCAGAAAUAUAGAAAUAUUUCUCAUUUUUUAUAAAGAUUUUUUUGUAAAAAUCGAAAUCGUAAAAAUGACACUAUUUAUUUCAAGUUAGAAAUCAGUACAUAUGUACCUACAUACAUACAAUUGCACACUUUUAUGUUACAUAUUAGUAUUGUAUGCAGGAUGUCCCAUAAUCACUCUUAAUCUGAAGACGCGGUAGCAUCUCCCGUCAAAUAUAUUUUUGACGUUUAAUACAUUAAAAACAUUUUUUUUAUAUUAUUAUAAAAGAGGCACUACUAUUUAAAAAAAUGCUAGCAUUGCAACAGCACAUCCAAGAAGAAGGACGCUUCUGUAAUAAAAAAUUAUUGUUUUGUUUCAAUAAAUUAU